CUCCCACCCCCAUUGUGCACAAAGAUUACCAUGGUUCACUAAUGAACUAUGUCAAAAGGAGCAGAUGGCCAAUACUGCAGUACAACUGGCACAGCAUGGAUCUGGGUCCCUAUGCCUACUGCAAACAGCUUGCCAUUUUCUUUAUUUUAUUUUUUUAUUUUUUGCAUUAUACGAAAUAUUAAUCUUUAAGACUAUAUAUGAUCAUGUUAGCUUACUCAAGUUUCUUUCUGCUAGGAAUGACCAGAUCUGGAGUUAGUUAUGGAAGGCAGAAGAAACUAAGGUUGAAGAGAUAAGAGCCAAUUGUGUCAAAUCUGUGGCAAUUUACUUUGCACUUGUAUAUUCACUGCAGCACAACCAUGGAGCUAUUACUAGACACUGGAACAGUGACAGUCUCAGUCUCUUGCAGAUGGAAAAGCAGAACUGAGCCACAAUGAUUUUCGUUCCAUUUUGUUGCUUGUUUCCAGACCACUAAAAUUAAAUCAAUUACAGUUAAAGUUCACAUGGGAGCUCAGAGGGGGAUAUUGGACUCAGUCACUCACAGCACCUUUCUGCCAAACACAAUGAUCUGCGAACCCCUGAUGUCUUGGACAGAAUUGCUUGGGACAACUGAGGACUAUUAUCCCUCCUUUGAUCAUCAGACAGUUGGCGAUUCUUGCUGGACAUCUAUUCACCCGGAAUACUGGAGCAAACACAAUAUCUGUGAGUGGCUGCAGUUUUGCUGUGACCAAUACAAGCUAGACGCCAACUGCAUCUCCUUUUCCCACUUUAAUAUUACUGGCUUGCAGCUGUGCAGCAUGACCCAGGAGGAGUUCACAGAUGCUGCUGGCGUUUGUGGCGAAUACCUUUAUUUCAUCUUACAAAACAUCAAGAUACAUGGUAUUUCCUUUUUUACUGACACUGAAGAAACCAAGCCAACUAUCAAAGAUUACAAUGAUAAGGCUUGCCUGAGAACAGGGGGCUCUAAGAGUCAAGAGUGUCACAGCCACGGGAGAACAAGCCUGCAGAGUUCUCACUUGUGGGAAUUUGUAAGAGACCUCCUCCUGUCUCCAGAAGAAAACUGUGGCAUUCUCGAUUGGGAGGAUAGAGAACAAGGCAUCUUUCGGGUUGUUAAGUCAGAAGCCCUGGCAAAGAUGUGGGGACAAAGAAAGCGAAAUGACAGAAUGACAUAUGAAAAACUGAGCAGAGCUCUCCGGUGUGUUAGUAGGUAUUAUUAUAAAACUGGAAUUUUGGAACGCAUAGACAGAAGGCUAGUGUACAAGUUUGGAAAGAACGCCCAUGGGUGGCAGGAGAACAAGCUAUGAACUAACAGUCCCAUGCAUCAGACUGAUUAUGCACUCUGCAACAGGAAGUAUCUGACUGCAAUAGACAUUUGAGAGAAGGAUUUUUUCUCCUGCAUCUCUCCUCUACGCCAGUCUGGAGCCGACAACUGUUUCUGAGAGAUUGGCCAUAGCAACACAUGACAGCACAUGAAUGGGGUGGCUCUUCCCCAUUAUCAGGGCUGGCUCUAACUUUUUUGCCGUCCCAAGCAAAAAAAAAGAGUGCCGCCCCGCAGUAACAUCCCCUACCGCAAGCACCGCCAAACCCUGCCCCCCCAAGGGCUGCACCGCC